CUCACCAAGACAACCCAGUAUCCAUGACUUUGGAGGGCUCCAAUAUUUAUUUUUCAGAUCAAAAAAAGCUGGAGAAUGCUGGAGGAGACCUCAAGGAUGGCUGCCACCACUACGAAGGAGCUGUUGUCAUCUUGGACGCCGGUGCUCAGUAUGGGAAAGUUAUAGACCGGAGAGUGCGGGAACUCUUCGUGCAGUCUGAAAUAUUCCCCUUGGAAACACCGGCCUUUGCCAUAAAGGAACAAGGAUUCCGUGCCAUUAUCAUCUCUGGAGGACCUAAUUCUGUGUAUGCAGAAGAUGCUCCCUGGUUUGACCCAGCAAUAUUCACCAUUGGCAAGCCUGUUCUUGGGAUUUGCUAUGGCAUGCAGAUGAUGAAUAAGGUAUUUGGAGGUACAGUGCACAAAAAAAGUGUUAGAGAAGAUGGAGUCUUCAACAUCAGUGUGGACAAUACAUGCUCAUUGUUCAGGGGCCUUCAAAAGGAGGAAAUUGUUCUGCUUACUCAUGGAGAUAGUGUUGACAAAGUAGCUGAUGGAUUUAAGGUUGUGGCACGUUCUGGGAACAUUGUAGCAGGUAUAGCAAAUGAGUCUAAAAAAUUAUACGGAGCACAAUUUCAUCCUGAAGUUGGCCUUACAGAAAAUGGGAAAGUAAUAUUGAAGAAUUUCCUUUAUGAUAUUGCUGGGUGCAGUGGGAACUUCACUGUGCAGAACAGAGAACGUGAAUGCAUUCGGGAGAUCAAAGAGCAAGUUGGCACAUCAAAAGUCUUGGUUUUACUCAGUGGUGGUGUAGACUCAACGGUUUGUACAGCUUUGCUGAAUCGUGCGUUGAACCAAGAUCAGGUCAUUGCUGUGCACAUUGAUAAUGGCUUCAUGAGGAAACGAGAAAGCCAGUCUGUGGAGGAAGCCCUCAAAAAGCUUGGGAUUCAGGUCAAAGUGAUUAAUGCUGCUCAUUCCUUCUACAAUGGAACAACUACUUUACCAAUAUCAGAUGAAGACAGGACCCCUCGAAAAAGAAUUAGCAAAACAUUAAAUAUGACUACAAGUCCUGAGGAGAAAAGAAAAAUCAUUGGUGACACUUUUGUUAAGAUUGCCAAUGAGGUAAUUGGAGAGAUGAAUCUGAAGCCAGAGGAGGUUUUCCUUGCCCAAGGUACUUUACGACCUGAUCUGAUUGAAAGUGCAUCCCUUGUUGCCAGUGGCAAAGCUGAGCUCAUCAAAACCCAUCACAAUGACACAGAGCUCAUCAGAAAGUUGAGAGAAGAGGGAAAAGUAAUAGAACCUCUGAAAGAUUUUCAUAAAGAUGAAGUGAGAAUUUUAGGCAGAGAACUUGGACUUCCAGAAGAUUUAGUUUCCAGACAUCCAUUUCCAGGUCCUGGCCUGGCAAUCAGAGUGAUAUGUGCUGAAGAACCUUAUAUUUGUAAGGACUUUCCUGAAACCAACAAUAUUUUAAAAAUAGUAGCUGAUUUUUCUGCAAGUGUUAAGAAGCCUCAUACACUAUUACAAAGAGUCAAGGCCUGCACGACCGAGGAGGAUCAGGAGAAGCUGAUGCAGAUUACAAGCCUGCAUUCCCUGAGUGCCUUUUUGCUGCCCAUUAAAACUGUGGGUGUGCAGGGUGACUGUCGGUCCUACAGUUAUGUUUGUGGAAUCUCCAGUAAAGAUGAACCUGACUGGGAAUCGCUCAUCUUCCUUGCCCGACUCAUUCCUCGGAUGUGUCACAACAUAAACAGAGUUGUCUACAUCUUUGGCCCACCAGUUAAGGAACCUCCUACUGACGUGACGCCCACUUUCUUAACAACAGGGGUGCUCAGCACUUUGCGUCAGGCCGACUUUGAGGCUCACAACAUCCUCAGGGAGUCUGGGUAUUCUGGGAAAAUCAGCCAGAUGCCAGUGAUUUUGACCCCCUUGCACUUCGAUCGAGACCCACUUCAGAAGCAGCCUUCAUGCCAGAGGUCUGUGGUCAUUCGAACCUUCAUCACAAGUGACUUCAUGACUGGUGUGCCUGCGACACCUGGCAACGAGAUCCCUGUGGAGGUGGUGUUAAAGAUGGUCACUGAGAUUAAGAAGAUUCCUGGUAUUUCUCGAAUUAUGUAUGAUUUAACUUCAAAGCCCCCAGGAACUACUGAGUGGGAGUAAUAAACUUUUUGUUCUGUUAAAGUACUGUGUGCAGUUUAAAUUGAUUAGAAAUCAUUCUCAUUAUUAACAUUCAGUACUGUGAAAAAAGUUACUGGAGCAGCUCCAUCACAUCCAAGUUCUCCACAGCAAAGAUCUGCAGCUCUAGUGCGGAGUUAUGGAUAACCAAAAGGUACUGAAGAGUGUGGCUGGGCACUAUUGCCCACACCCAGACAGGCCAGUGCUGCUUUUGCCUCUGCCUUGUGCAUUCUUAGUAUAGAAUCACAGUUGCUAUGAUGUCUCUAUCUACGAAGGUGGAUGAGGGUGGGUGAUUGGCCUCUUGUCUCCUUGCCAGUUUCUAAGAGGAGUUAGAAACACCCAGUGAUUAUCAGUGUGACUGUGUGUAUCUUUUGGAGAAUUUGGGUUUCCCUGUGACAUUAUUUCUGUAAAGGGUAAGGAAGAGAUAAAACAAACUUCCUCAGACAAAGACAUAAGUGGGCUGAUCCAGUAGCCACUUUUACAAGAUACUGGAGCUGUUGAACGUAAGCUACGGUGGGUGAAAUGGGAAAACCACCUGGAAUUUAUGGAAGCACAUUAGGAUUUUAUGACAUCCCAGCUAUGGGCAGGAAGAAACUCUGAAUGUUCUCAAAUGUAUAUGAACCAUCUCACUGUUUUUAACCCUUGUUCCACGUCAGUGCCAUGUUCCUCAUGCCAGCCUGUUAACUGAUAAGGAACUCUCCCAGCCUGUGCAGCUGCUCCCAGAGCCUUGCAUGGAGUUUCUGCUCCAUCUCCUGAAGAGUCUUCUGUUUCCAUGAUGUUGUGGUGUCCAGCGUAACACAGGUGGAGCUCACGAGGAGACUUGAAACCCUUGUUUUGUUGGUCAGAGGAGUCCCAGGGCACAGAAGCCGUGAUGCAUGCCUGCAGCCCAGGAGGAGAGAGGAAGAUGCUUUCAUCAUCCAGUAAAGAGUUGUAAAAUGACCUCUUAGGUCCGUUCUUUAAACAGAUGCAAUACUUGCUGCUCAGUCUGUGACCACUCUGGGCCCAUGCAAGCUAUUUGCCAAACCUUGUAAUCCUUUCUCCCAUCUAAUCUGUGUGCUUGAUGGCCAUUGCUGCCAGCUGUUAAACUGAUCCUUUAUAGCAUUCAUAUAAGCAUGACAGAAACCUACAGUCAUAGGCUUCAAUUCUGCGUCUUACCUAAUUUAGGUCUUGUCUAGUAAUCAGGUACAAAUUUUGUUUGGGAUUCAGAGUGAGAAAAAACUUCUGUGUGGCAGAAGUCAUAUUUUCAUUCUGGCUGGUCCAGAGACCCUUGCCAAAUUGCUGCUGGACCGACAAUGGCAGGUUCUGUCUGUCACAGCAGACACCCUUGCCCAAGGCCGUGGAGUGUGCAUCUCCUGCAGAGCACAAAGGGUCAUUCUCCAUCCUGCUGAGGAGUCAGUCAUAGUAGCCUUCCAGAAGGGAGGAUAUGAUAGUGACCUGGUCUUAAGAAAUUUUAAAAAUGAAUUUAGAGCUAGAAUAGACCAGCUAUCAAAUGCUCACCAGCAUGCAUUCAUACAAGUUGAUGUUUUUUAAAAAAAAAAAAACACAAAAAACUCUUAUUGCAGACAUGUUCUAUGGUUUUUGUAUUCAAGCACACAGUGGGAAUUACAAAGAAUAUAUAGUAAGAUCACCUCCCCUGCUGGUCCCACAGAACGCUGUUCCACUGUGAUGUGAAAAUGGCCAGGUGACCACAGAGGUUGGAUCCUGGACAUUCAUAGUAAAUGAUGUUCAGAACCCUUGAGAAAUUUGAAGUUAAAAAAAUAGUUUUUUAAGUUUGCCUCACUUUUGUGUUUUUGUGAUAUUUUCUUCAUAAACACCUCUUUAUAUAAAGCCUUCAACCUCUGCAGUACUGGGAAUCCAGCCCAGGCCCCCACACACUGGGCCAGUGCUCUAGCACUGAGCUGCGCCCCACCCUGUGUAAUCCUCCUCAGUACUAGAAAGAUGGUUUCCCCAAAACACCUUCAUGUGAUGUGAUUUAGUUUUUGAAAAUAUUUCCUGGAAUUCAGAACUUUCCUAAUAUUUGAUGUCUGUCUUCCUUUGCACAACACCUUACUUCAUGCCGUACAGUGUUCCCCAGACCUCCACGGUAUUCACCAAGCCACCGUGAAAAGGAAAGGUUGCAGUUCCAUUUACAGCUGAGGAAAUAAGCUCAACUCAGGAAUGGUUACCUAAUACAGUUAAGAUUUUUUUUUUUUUAAGAGAGAAUUUUAAUUUUAAUUUUUUUUUUUUAGUUUUCGGUGGACACAAUAUCUUUGUAUGUAGUGCUGAGGAUCGAACCCGGGCCGUACGCAUGCCAGGCGAGCCUACCGCUUGAGCCACAUCCCCAGCCCCCAGUUAAAAAUUAAAUGUCAGGUUUCCUUAGUCCCAUUAGUCCUUUCAUUAGUGUUUUCUGACGCCUAAAAUUACAUAAACGUAAUUACUUGAUGGGUUGUUUUUGGCCAAUGCUAGGGUGACUUCCUGCCUCCAAGCAUGUCACUAGUUAUCCUGGGCAGAUCAUAGCCUCAUAUCUGUGCUCACCUCAACCUGGGACACUUCCCUGGUGUACACACACGAUACCUAUUAGAGGAUGUCAGGUCAAUGACAAUAUAAUUUGCUCCUAAGAUUGUCAGACAAAAUCAUUUUUAAAAUAAAUACAAAGUACCCAGUCCUGCCCAUAGAGGAUCAUCAGCUAUGUUAGCAGUAAAACCUGGCGUAGUUUCUGAAGCUGUGUUCAGGUGUGCCUGGGAGACAGGUUUGCUGUCUUCUCAGCUUCCAUAAUCUCAAGUAGCUGCGUGCAUGUGGCCAGACAAGCACGUGCUGGUUUCCUGGCUGGGUCUCAGCCUCCCUCCUGAUGACCUGUUUCAGAACACCUGGACUUCCUUCUCAGGUGAGGCCAUUCAGGGGGAGCAGGCCACUCUGCCAUCAGAGUCGGAGUAAUAAACUUUUUGUUCUGUCAAAGUACCAUAUGCAGAAAUCAUCAGACAGUUGUGUCAACUUGGACAAGUCAUUUGUUUCUUUUUUGGUCAUUUUUUGACGAUUCUGUAUAGACCAGCAACACAUGACCACUUGGGAACCCAUCAGAAUGUUCCUGGUGGCAGUGUGUUUUGAAAGCAUGUUUUUGAGAGGGUAUGCUUGGGCCUUGGGACAAGUAAAAUUCCCCCCUCCUCAGCACCAGCCCUUGGCACAGCCACAGUCCAGGCUUUUGGUUUUCUGCAUUGAAGAGGUAACUUUGCAGCCCUUAAGGCAGUGCUUGGAAGGAAGCUCUCUGUGCAGAUGUCAGUCACAAAUGCUUUGAAGUGAGAGUCCUCUUUGGACUAUGUGAGUUUCAUGAGAUUGCACUCUUCUAGAAGUUUCUCUGAUAUCUUCACGCCCAGUGUCAGAACCCUGCCCCUUCCCACCUUCCACACCAGUCCUGUACACUGCUUGACAAACUCACUGUUUCUGGGAUUUUCACUGAAAUCUGGUGAGACUGGCCUUAGAUAGCACCCCAGUGGAUGCUCCCUCCCCUGUCUCAUAUCACAGAUGUAACUGGAAACAGCACAGAUGGAUGCAUCCCCUCUUGGAUGCACCCUUUUGUCCUUAUGGAGGUGACUUGGCUAUACCAGGUGGUUCAGCAACCAGGGUGUCUUCCCCACUGUGGGGAAAUGGCAGUGGAAUGUCAGGGCCCUAAUACUCCUGAAUUGCUAGUCAGGGAUCUCUACCUUGGUUGCCUGUUAUUACUACCUGAAAAAUUUAAAAAAAAACAAAAAAUUAUCCAGACCUCCAGUUAGACUAACUUAGAACCUCAGGGUGAAGCCUAAGCAUUUGCCGUCAUAAAUCUCACAGUUGGAAUAAGUUGUUAUUGACGGACACACCUGGCCUGUCUAGUUCUGGCUUCAAAUCCUAGUCAGACCUAUAAGUGAGAAAUGUAGGCUGCUGGGACUGUCUUCCCAAAGGUCUCAGCUAAAUCCAUUCAGAUGAGGGGCCAGAUUCUGGGUGUUCUGCCUAUGCUAUGUCAUAGGGCAGACUCCUAUGGUACUUUUGGGACAGCUUGAGAUAAUUACCUGUGUGAAUGUCAACAAUUGAACAGGCCUCUUUGAAUCUCUUCCUACUCCUUUUACUUUUCCCUCAGAGGAGAGUCCAUUCCUGUGCUGCAGCCACCCCAGUUCUGACAAUAGCUUGGCCACAAACCUGAGCAGCUUUUCCUGCACCAGUGGAGAAAGUCUCCUGUGGCUGUCACCUGAGCAUCUGUCUGAACAAGAGAUUGCCCAUAUGAAACCCAAGUUUCCUGAAGUAGAACUGUGGAGCGCACUUUGUCUUUGUGGUGAAUCCUUGGGCAGCUUGGGACCUUGUUAUGGGCCCUUGGUUAUGUGACCAUGAGACCUCGGGGAGUCUUGGGCAUAUUAGGCUCAGCAACAGCAAGGUCCUGAGCUGUCCAGGAAGCCUGAACCUUGAAUAAAUCCAAGUGGAAUUCUUGUCUUUGCAGAACAGAUUUUUUUCCCUUUUAAUAUUUUUUUAGUUACACAGAAUACCACUACUUUAUUCAUUUUUUUUAAUGUGCCGUGUAUUAAACCCAGGGCCUCACAUAUGCCGGGUGAGUGCUCUACCGCUGAGCUGUGAGCCCAGCCCCAGAACAGAUGUUUAAGAUAAGUAAUUUUCUGUCUUUGCAUCUACUGUGACCAUUGUUACAAUCUUAUAACACAUGAAGAAGUGAAUGUAAACCUCUUGCACAAAUUUUUAUAAAGAAAUAUUUUGUUAAUUGGAGCAGGUAGUAGCUGUGAAAUCACCACUGUGCUGUACUGCAGUGUCUGUUAUAACUGCCACAUAAAACAGCUUUGCUAAAAUGAA